GAUGUCACCUUACAACAUCACUAGUUUGAACUUAAAAUACUUAAGUCCUGGCAAGUCAUAGGUGGGGGAAAUGUCUCUCCCACGAUUCCAAAAAGUAAACUUUGGGACAUAUGAUAAUUACAUUCCAGUCAGUGAAUUAAGCAAAAAAUCAUGGAAUCAGCAACACUUUGCCCUGUCAUUCCCAAAACCACAACGGCCAGGAAAAAAAAGAAGAUCAAAACCUUCUCAGAUAAGGGACAAUACAGGCCCUAUAAUCGACGAAGAACAAUUAAGAGGAGGUCAUAGACGACCAUUAUGGAUGUACCGUUCUUUAAUGAGAAUUUCCGAGAGACCAUCUGUUUAUUUAGCUGCCAGGAGGCAGCCUCUCAAACCAACUCGUGCUGCCAAGGCAGAUUCUAAAGCAGCAGAUAUUGGUAAAAAAGGUGAAGACAAGUCAACAGAGAAGGACACAACAGGUUCCGAAUCAGAAUUAAAACAAGGGAAAAAAGAUUUAAAGAAACGCAAGGAUGUAGAUAAAGGAACAGAUGAAAAGCUAGAUGCAAAGAAAGAUAGCAAAAAAGGUGAAAAAGAUGCAAAGAAGGGAAAAGACUCAGCCACAGAAUCUGAAGAUGAAAAAGGAGGUAAAAAGAAAGGUAAAAAGGAUGCAAAGAAGGGAAAAGACUCAGCCACAGAAUCUGAAGAUGAAAAAGGAGGUGCAAAGAAAGAUGCAAAGAAAGACAAAAAAGAUUCAAAGAAGGACAAGGAUUCAACCACAGAAUCAGAAUCUGUAAAAGCAGAUGAAAAGAAGGCUGAGGAUGAGAAAAAAGAUGCAAAGAAAGGUGACGACCCAAAGGAUGCCAAGAAAGAUGCCAAGAAAGAUGCAAAGGAGAAUAAAAAGGAUAAGAAAGAUAAGAAGAAGCCCAGUGGUACAGACAGUGACUCGAAGGAUGAUGCCAAGAAAGAGUCAAAGAAGGAUGCCAAGAAAGAUGCAAAGACAGAUUCUGACAAAGAAUCUUCUGAUUCAAAGAAGGAUUCAAAGAAGGAUGCAAAGAAAGAUGCAAAGAAGGAUGCAAAGAAGGAUGAAAAGAAGGAUGCAAAAAAAGAUGCAAAGAAGGAUGAAAAGAAGGAUGCAAAGAAGGAUGAAAAGAAGGAUGCAAAGAAGGAUGAAAAGAAGGAUGCAAAGAAAGAUGCAAAGAAGGAUGAAAAGAAGGAUGCAAAGAAGGAUGAAAAGAAGGAUGAAAAGAAGGAUGCAAAGAAAGAUGCAAAGAAGAAGGGCAAAUAG